AUUCAUUAUACGCGAAGCCGACCAAAAUCGCCGGAAACCCAAGAAGAAAAAAAAGGGGUGGAGCAAAUUGGAGCGAUGGGAGAAGCCAAUACAUCAUCAAUCGACGACGAUUUGCUCCUCAAGAACUUCUACGCCGAAGUGAGCGAGGUUGAGCGAGACAAUGAAGUCGCUAGGAUUCUUUCAUGCUUUAAGCUAAAUGCAUUUGAGUAUCUCAAUCUACCAUUUGAUUCAUCUCCAGAAGAAGUGAAAAAGCAAUAUCGUAAGUUAUCAUUGCUUGUGCAUCCUGACAAAUGCAAAACAUCCCCAAGCAAAAGAAGCUUUUUCUGUGACUUAUCUUUUAAUGCAGCACUUGCAAAAGCCCAACAACUUUUACUUGAUCCACAAGAAAGAGAGUAUCUUGUAAACCAAAUUAAUGCAGCAAGAGAAGAACUUAGAGCAAAAAGGAAAAAACAACUGAAGAAAGACACUGCAUCUAAGCUGAAGUCACUAGUUGAUGAGGGAAAAUACGAGCAAGAAUAUGAAAAAUCAGAUGAUUUUCAGCUUCAGCUAAAAUUGAAGGUUCGGGAACUACUAACUGACCAAGAAUGGCGCAGGAGGAAAAUGCAGAUGAGGAUUUCAGAGGAGGAAGGAAGAUUGAAGAAGGAUGAGGAAGAAUCCAAAGAGAUGUGGAAAAGAAAGCGUGAACAUGAGGAGCAGUGGGAAGGAACAAGGGAAAAUAGGGUUUCCAGUUGGAGGGACUUCAUGAAAGGAGGAAAGAAGGUGAAGAAAGGGGAAAUCCGGCCACCAAAGCUUAAGACAGAAGACCCCAACAAGUCGUAUGUUCAAAGGCCUGUAAAACGAGGUUAGAGGUGCUUAAAUUUCUCACAUUUUACUCAGAAUAUGUAACUUUACAGUUGAUUUAGUGGUUGAAUAUACAACUUUGUAACUUGGAAUUGUGUCGUCUUGUAGUGCAGUA